GAACUCAUAUGUGGCCGAUGAAAUUAUCCAAAGUGUAAUUUCAAUCGUCAGUCAUCGCUGGGAAGUAUAAUCAGAUCGUCCGGGGAUACAAUCACGAACAAGUUUAGUCAACAAAUCAGGCCUGCAAAUGUUCAAAUUGCUAAUUCACUUUCUCAUUAGCCUAUCAUUACCGCCUUUGUUUCUCUCUGCGCUCUUCCCACGAACGCCCAAGCUCCAUUCCGUGGAGGAAGGAAGAGGAAAGCUCUUCUUUGCGCUCGAUGUUUUGGGUUUGGCUAAACUUCACGGGCGGAAAAUAGAGUGGUACAAUGUUACUACAGAUGACGGAUAUAUUCUGGCUCUCCACAGAAUUCUCUCGAAUUCUUCGGUGGAUGGGGAGAAGUCGGGCCCCAGGCCUGUGGUUUUCCUCCAGCAUGGGCUGAUGGCGACUUCAGAUGCCUUCAUCGUUUAUGGCUCUCCCAGGAGUCUUGGGUACCAAUUAUCAGAUGCUGGAUACGACGUCUGGAUGGGUAAUUUCCGAGGGAAUACGUACUGUCUGACGCACGAAAAAUGGUUGUCUGAUAAUUCUGAAUUUUGGGACUUCAGCAUGGAUGAGUAUGCUCUUCAGGACCUUCCUCCGCAGAUCGACUUCGUCCUCAAAGCCACUAAUCAAUCGUCUCUAUCGUUCAUCGGCCACUCAUUAGGCGCCACCACCCACAUAAUGCUCCUCAGUGCUCGUCCAGAGUACAACAAGAAAAUGGACUUUGUGGUUUACUUUGCCCCAGUCGUUUAUUCGGUGACUCGAACACGUCUGAGGGAUACCCUGCCCGCGCUGGCUCUGAUUCCCCAAAUAUUCGCACGGAGUGGAGCCGUCGAACUAUUCAGCCAGAACUUGCUCAGCCCCAUCACCAUUUACUUCUGUGCAUCCACUAGGUCUCUGCUUGAAUGGUGUCAGGGUUUAAUGGAUCGCCUCGUGGGAUACGAUCGAGAGCAAUUUAAUUUAAGAGAAUUCCUGGGUGUAAUGUCUUAUUAUCCUGCGGGGACGUCAGCCAAAGUUAUUUUUCAUUACAGUCAGCAAACACUCAGUGGGAAAUUCCGGAAAUACGAUUACUUGACGAGCGACCUGAACCUCCAGCACUACGGCCAACCCACAGCCCCCGAUUACGAUGUGAGCGCCAUCGACGUGCCCGGAAUGGCGAUUUUUCGAGGCCCCGGUGACGUCGUUACCACAGACGAGGAUAUGAGAGUUUUCAUUAACAGUCUGUCACCGAAACAGUCUGUAGUCUAUGAAACCGUGAAAUUCCCUUCGUUCAAUCAUGGCGCGUUCAUCUCAGCUCGGGAUCUCAAGCCACUGGUAAAUGAUCUGGUGCUGGAGUAUCUCCAAAAAUAUUAUCAGAAUAAAAAUAGUAAACUUUAAGUUUCCAGGAUCAUUUUAGAAUGAGUGAGUGCAAAUCAAAUGAAUCAACUGAAUAAAUCGAAUGCAAAUGCACAAAAUAAAACGAAUAAAAUCAA